CUCUUUUUUUUUUUUUUUUUUUUUUUUGGGUAUAAAUAAGUCAGCUUCCCAUUUACGCAAAUGCCAUUUUCACUCGGGAGUGUCCAGUUUUUCGUUCUCUCUUCAACAAUCUACACCGAAUCUCCUUGUCAUAGGCACAAGCUAAAAUGGGUUUGCAGGAGGAGUUUGAGGAACAUGCUGCGAAAGUAAAGACCCUGAAAAAGGCACCAAGCGAUGAAAACCUGCUCAUUCUCUAUGGGCUUUACAAACAAUCUACUGUUGGUCCGGUGAACACCAGCCGUCCUGGAAUCUUCAAUUUGAGGGACAGAGCAAAAUGGGAUGCCUGGAAGGCUGUUGAAGCGAAAUCCAAGGACGAAGCAAUGAGCGACUACAUCACCAAGGUGAAACAGUUGCUGGAGGAAGAUGCAGCUUCUGCUUGAUAUCUUCAAGGGUGUUGGCUUUUAGUUUCCCUGUGUUCAAAACUCAGAAACUUUCUAAAUGAUUUUUCUAGUUCGUUCAAUGUUACUGUUUGUGUUUGAAUCCGUUGGAUGAAUUAUGCUUAAUUUAUAAUGUAAUAUUUAUUGGAAAUGGUAAUACUUAAUAUGGUUCGAAAUGCUUGCAUGGAA